UGCCACCCGCACUCCAACCCCUCCAAAUUAAUGAGCCAUCACCAAAAUCUAAAUUUCAGAAGAAAAAAAGUUCUCUGUCUCUGCAUGCGCGCCAAUCCACCGUGCCCAUCAAUGGUUUCGAGGUUCGGCGACGCCGCGAGGGAUGUGUCCGAACCGGGCAGCAGCAGCAUCUCCGUAUCUGGAAUCCCAUCUCUUCCUAGCUAAAACGUGGGAAAGAAAGUGCUAGAAAGUGACGGAAAAUGAGACGACUGAUAUUCUUCCGAGGGAUUGUGUCCUGGGUCGACUUUCUCUUGUCAGCUUUUGAUGGCUUUCUGAUGUUUUCUCAGUAUUACUGGCUGUACUCGUAACUUUUUCUUGCCAUGGUUUCCCCUGCUUUUCAGAGGCUCCUAAUGGUUCACAGAAGCUCUUAUCACUGUUGGCCUUGAAAAGUGGCUAUUUUGUAAAUUUCUUAAGAGUUUUUGCAGAUAUUAAGGUAGUGUUGUUGCUGAAGUAUCAUACUGUUUAUAGAAGCUCUCAAGAUCUUUCUCGGUGAAGGUUGUUCUACCUGUCUGAGAGAUGACGCAGUUUUUGGCUGAACUGCGGUAAACAAAGCGUAAAGACAUACUUCUGUUGGGUGGAUUGAACUUUGUUGGUCUCAUUUCUGCAUUCUGUUGGUUAGUUCAGCUCGGCUAACCUCCUUUGGCAGCAGAUAAUUCCUGACAGAAACUUCGACUUCCUUUUGGGGUACAUCUCCUUUGGCCAGAGACACGCACACAUCUCCUGUGUGCAUGUCUCUAUAUAUAUUAUAUCAACUAGUUCAGCUCUGUUGAGCAGAUCUCCUUUGGCAAAAGUUACUGAAGUUCCCUUUCGUUGGUUGACUUCCUUUCGUAGUGGAUGAGAAGAGUGCUUCUUUUGUUGAAUUGUCAUCAAUUUAUCUCAAACUCGAGUGUUUCUUUAGGGCAGAUCUCCUUUGGCAUUCUCCUCGCUAUUUCGGCAAGCUUCACCUCAACCUCUGAGAAAGAUCUCAUCUGGCAGUUGCAAUCCAUUGACAGUUCUGCAGUUGAGAAAAUCUCCCUUUUGAAGUUCUUCUGGGUAAUUGGUUGUAGUCAAAAGUUCACCCCACCGAUCGGGCAAAUCUUCUUUGGUACUCGGAGUCCUUUGUUGACUCCUGUUACCCUUGUAGGGCAAAUCUCCUUUGGCAUUUGGAGUCCUCGUAGAGUCCUGUUAUCCCUCCCUGUAUAGGGCAAAUCUCCUUUGGCAUUAGAUCUCCAGUUUUAGUGGUCAAAGUACCCUACUGGAGAUAUCCCUAUCUAAUAUCAACUGGAAAAGUGUACGGCAAAUCUGUUUAUCACAGAGGAUGUUGCGGCAAUAAUCAUCAUUUCAUCCUUUGGAGACUACACACGUGACACAUCCCUGUAGGAGUUCAAGAUAAGCUCAGAUUGUCACGGUGUUAAGAUUCAUUCCGUCCCGGAAGUUCAGUGAAGAUUAACCAAGUUUCUCAGACGGCUUGUAAUUUUAUCUGUUCCCAUUUUGCAGUGGAGGCAUCUGAAUGAUGAAUGCAAUCCUCAGUGACUCGGAUUGGGAGAGUUUUAGUGAGAGUGGUAGUAGUAUGGAUCAAUAUGAAAAUGAAUCUUUCUAUGGUGGGCAUGCGGGCAGCAUCUUGUCCAGCCUGGAGGCUUCCAUUGGGAAAAUUGACGAUUUUCUCUCGUUUGAGAGGGGAUUCAUAUAUGGAGACAUGGUAUGCUCCGAAAGAGAUCCAUCUGGGCAGAUGGGCAGAGUAGUUGGGAUUAAUAUGUUCGUUGAUUUGGAGAGUGUUAAGGGACACAUAAUAAAAGAUGUUAACUCCAAUAACCUAUCAAAGAUACGCUCCAUUUCGGUGGGGGAUUAUGUUGUUUGUGGUCCAUGGCUUGGAAGGGUGCAUAGAGUGGUUGACCAUGUUAUGGUUGUAUUUGAUGAUGGAACGGAGUAUGAGGUCACUGCUGUUGAUCAAGAGAAGCUCUUGCCCAUUUCUCCAAACCUACUUGAAGAUCCACAGUACCCAUAUUAUCCAGGACAGAAAGUGCAGGUCAGACUCUCAACCGCUUCCAAAUCAACUAGAUGGUUAUGCGGUAACUGGAGGGAAAAUCAAGUCGAGGGAACUGUUUGUUCUGUGGAAGGAGGUUUGGUGUAUGUUGAUUGGCUUGCCUCUGUUCUCAUGGGUUGUGAUUCGAAAUUGCCUGCUCCUCCACGUGUGCUGGAUCCGAAAAAGUUGAAUGUGUUGUCAUGUUUCUCUCAUGUAAACUGGCAGCUUGGUGACUGGUGUAUGCUUCAAGUUGCUGACGAUAAAGCUGUCAUGGAGCAGGAUUUUCAUAGUGCAUCUACUUGUGAGAUGAAUAACAAACCCAAGAUAUCAGGAAGAGGAUUUAGGAGAAGAAACGCAGAUUCAAAAUUCGAUGAAAUCUUUGUUAUCAUAAAGACAAGGACCAAAGUUGAUGUGGCGUGGCAAGAUGGUAGUCACUCUUUGGGAUUAGAUUCACAGACACUAGUUCCAGUCAGCGUUGUAAAUGAUCAUGAAUUUUGGCCUGAACAGUUUGUCCUGGAAAAGGGCACUUGCGAUGAUCCACACAUGUCUAGCAGCCAAAAAUGGGGUGUCGUGAAGGGUGUGGAUGCAAACGAGCAUACAGUAAAGGUGCAAUGGAACACUAUCCCUGCACCUAAACAAAAUUACUCCGAGGGAAAACAGAUGGAGGAAAUUGUGAGCGCUUAUGAACUAGCUGAGCACCCAGAUUACUCCUACUGUUUUGGAGAUUAUGUGUUCAGGUUGGUCCAGAAUCAGUUUGAUGAACAAGCGGAUAAAAACUAUCCGCUCACAAAGAUUGACAUGAGCGAGGAGGCUGCUUCUGAGGACAAGGACUGUGGUGGGGAUCAAGAGGAUUACACUGAUAAAUGUUACCUAUCUCACAUUGGAAAUGUUAUGGGCUUCAAGGAUGGAGCUGUGGAAGUGAGAUGGGCUACUGGUAUUACAGGCAAGGUGGCCCCUAAUGAAAUUUUCCGGUUUGACAAACAUGAGGGUUCAGCUGCUAUUCCUGCAGAAGAUGACAUCGAAGACUUGAACCGAGAGAUGAUUCAAAAUGCAAAGCAACCUUCUAACCAGAAGGGAAAGGAUUCAUUGAAUUUGGAUGAUGGUGGCAAAGAUUACACAAGGGAGUCUAGUUCCUCUUUCCUUCCUCAAGCUGCCAUUGGAUUUUUCACAAGCAUAGCUGCGAGUCUUUUGGGAUCCCAUGAGUCUGCACCACUUUCAGGUCCUUCGUCAUCAGCCUGUAUUUCUGAAGUUGGAAAUGAAUCUGAGAUUUCCCAUGAGAAAGGAAUAGCGGAAACUUGUGACCUCUUUACUGAGCAACAGUCAACGACUGAGCUGGAGAGGUUUGAGGAGAAGAGCAUUCCACAUUCAAAAGCUAAUGACAGUGCAGAUCAGUUUAGGCAGUUUGACAUAGUUGCUGAUUGCACCGACCACCAUUUUCAUGGUGCUAACAAGGAGUUGGCAUUAUCUCAGGUGAAAAGAGGCUGGAUGAAAAAGGUCCAACAAGAGUGGAGCAUCUUCAAGAAAGAUCUGCCUGAACAAAUCUAUGUCCGCGCCUUCGAGGAAAGGAUGGAUCUACUGCGAGCAGCCAUUGUUGGUGCACCUGGAACUCCAUAUCAUGAUGGGCUUUUCUUCUUUGAUAUUUAUCUUCCACCGGAGUAUCCUCAUGAACCGCCUAUGGUACACUAUAGUUCUGGUGGGCUACGUGUCAACCCUAACUUGUACGAGUCCGGAAAGGUCUGUCUCAGUCUCCUUAAUACAUGGACGGGCACAGGCACUGAAGUUUGGAAUCCAGGGAGCUCCACCAUUCUUCAAGUUCUUCUCUCCCUUCAAGCCCUCGUGCUUAACGACAAGCCAUAUUUCAAUGAAGCUGGGUAUGAUCAACAGAUAGGAAGAACCCAGGGAGAGAAAAACUCCGUAAGCUACAACGAAAAUGCAUUCCUGAUGACAUGCAAGUCCAUGCUGUAUACACUCCAAAAGCCACCUAAGCAUUUUGAGGAGCUUGUUAUCGAACACUUCACUCGGCGCUCCCAAAAUAUUCUAAUGGCUUGUAAGGAGUAUAUGGACGGGGCUCCAGUAGGGUGUGCUAUCGAUUUCCUGAAAACUGAAGAUAAACACAGUAAGGGAAGCUCUACCGGAUUCAAAAUCAUGCUCUCUAAGCUCCUUCCAAAAUUGGUUGAGGCAUUUUCCAGCAAGGGAAUUGACUGCAACCGGUUCAUGGGGCCGGAGAAAUGUACAUGGUGCAAAAUUGUAAUAUAAAGGUACCCAGGGAAGAUAUUCCUGUCAUGUAUAUAAAUAAGUCCAUAUGCUUUCAAUGUGUGUUUGCUGUAAGAUUGCUCAUGUAAAUAGUCUGGUUGUUUACCCAAAAAGAAAAUUGGGGUGGGGAGAGAGAGAGAGAGAGAGAGAGAGAGAGAGAGAAUCCAUGGUGGUUUGUAUGUGUAUAAAAAAUGGGUUUCUAAGAUUUGGAAUGUGAUGAAUCAGUAAUAUAGUAUGCCGUGCUUACAGAAUUUGUGAAAUAAAAAACAAGAGUUGUGUUGUGUUGGAA